GGGUUACUUGAUGCCAGUAUAGCGAUGCUCUGGGGACGCACCCCAGUUCGUGCAAAACCAUGCUGUCAUGCAGGACGGCAGACAUCUCGCACCCUUGCUUCCGCUUCCAAUGGCCACUCUGGCGAUCCAUGGAAGUCGUUUCUGGAUUGGUUCAUGGAGUCGUCUACCGCACCACACCACAGGCACCAACCAAGACGCCGUUGCGCUUCAACGGGUAAGCAAUUUCAAGGAAAAGGAACAGGGCAGUGGACGUUACGUCCACUUGAACAUCCGUCUUUGCGAGCUGCAAUGCCGGAACCUUCAGCCAAGUUCACAGGAUCUCCAAGAACUCGUGACCAGAUAGCUACGACCGAAAGCGAUAUUGCAGAUUGCGGAGCUAGACGGCUUCGAGGAAACAUCCCAUCUAGAAGAUUCCCAGUAAAUACCUCCCUCACCCAUUAUAAGGAAGUUCUCAAUCGUCUUCACGUUCAUCACCACCGCCGGGGACAUCUUAACCAACCCGCCCAAGGCCGCGCCAUCCACUUCACUUCAGCCAUGAAAUCUUCGGCUGAUCCGAUUGAGCAACUUGAGUCUGCUUUGGAACAAGGUGUAGAUGCAGAGCGUAUCCUGUUGUCUGACCAGUUGGACGAUGGCACAUCAGGCGAACCGAUUCAAAAGGAAUGCAACCCCCCGGCCACUGUGGCAGAACUAUUGCGACUCUUGUCUGAACUGGAGCUACAAAUCAAAGCAGAUGAUGGAUGUAUCACGCCUGACGCACACUACUUGACCUCUCGUGUUUGGAAAGCGUUCAAGAACCUGGCUGAAACCAUACCACACGAGCUCAAGGCGUUGCGAAACCAUGAUUUCACGGUCCUCUUUGAAAUAGUGAAACGGUCGCGCGUGCCUUGUGAAGAACGAGUAAAUCGAGUUAUGCUUGUUAUGAAUACACUGCAAGAAUGCGGACGUCCGGCAUCUCUUCGUGGUUAUGAGGCAUUAAUGUCUGCACAUAUUGGUGAAGCUGGUGCCUCAGACAUCUGUACGAAGAUUUUGCAAGGAGCGAUAGAAAAUGGGAUUACUCCACGGACUGAAACAUAUAAUAUCCUUCUUCGUGCGCGGAUCGUGGAAUAUGGUGUGGAUGCUGCUAGGACGUGGUUGGCGGAACAUGUGGAAGGCAAAGCACAAGUGCGUUCGACGAAAGAGUCAGAGUCUUUUCCUUUUGCGGCUACAGUCAGCACCUUCAAUGCUAUUAUCCAUGGUUAUAUCCAGGCGGGCGACAUUCGCCGCGCCUUGCAGUGUGUGAAGGAGAUGGAGGAGAAAGUGUUACCCCCGAACUUUAUAACUUGGACGAUGCUAAUCUUUGGGUAUAGCAAGUGCGGCGACCGAUCUGCGGUCAUUAGAACCUUUCGCAACAUGAUUGCGGCAAAUGUACGUCCCUCAAGAGUGACAUACGAAACCAUAAUAUUCGCAUUAUUGGGAGGUGGGCGAGUUAAGAGGGAUUUCCUGCAACAAGACUCACGAGAGCGUACUACAUACCCGGUCAGUGGAGACCAAAAGGCAGGCGACGAGGAAAAGAAUGCGAUGGGGGAGGCAAUGGAGGUGUAUGAGGAUAUGAUUGCUGCAGGCUUCAAGCCAGGAGUGAUGUUAUACAAUAUUUUCAUGACCGCUUACCUCAAUCGAAAAGAGUUACCUCGUGUCAAGCAAUUAUUUGACGAAAUGCUCAAGAGAGGCCUAUACCCCGAUGUGGCGACUUACACUAUUGCGAUAUCCGCGUGUAGUGCGGCGAACGACAUAUCGGCAGUAGACGAAGUUUUUGCCCAUUUACGUCAGAGUGAGAUAGAACCCGACAUUAUUCUUUAUGGGACCGUUAUGGCAGCGCAUGCGCAGAAGGGAAACCUCGUCAAAGUGCGCACGUAUCUAGAGGAUAUGGUGAAUGCCGGAUGGAAGCCUAAUUAUUAUAUUUGGCACAUCCUCCUACACGCUUACUGCCAGUCGCGCGAUAUGAGUGGAGCUCAUAAAAUCGUUGAAGAAAUGCAACGAUCUGGUUUCCCAGCCACGGAAAUUACAUACAACACCCUGAUCAAUGGAUACGGUCAUGUAGGCAAUAUUGAAACUGCUGAGGAAGUCUUUCGAUCAUUCGUUAGUAAGAAGAUUAAGAUCUCUGUGGAGACGUUCAACAUUAUGAUCAAUGCUUUAGCCCGAAACCAAGAUCGAGAAGGUGCCAUGAGGAUUUACGCGGAAAUGAUUGAUCGCGGCCUACAACCAGAUCGGAUUACGUUUAAUAUCCUAAUUAAACUUGAGUCGAAUCGAUUGGAUGCUAUCGGAGCUAGCGACCGAUACCGGGAAAUGCUUUCUGCGGGUCUGGAACCUGAUGAACGCACAUACAUUCCAAUGAUCAAUCUCCAUGCGCGCCGUUCCGAUUUCGACCGUGCCCGAAGUAUUCAGCGUCAUCUGCUCUCCCUUGGUCACCUCACACCCACAUUCCAAUCGCAUAAUGCUUUCAUCGAAGCUUAUUGGAAACAGGGGAGCGCCUCGGAUGCCGUAAAGGAGUAUGAAUUCGCAACAGAAGUUAAGCAGAUGACACCCGAUAUCCGAACGUUUGACAUGUUGGUACGUGCUUUUGGAUACAAGGGAGAUGUGGGAAGCGCACGACAAUGGUUUGACAAGUGCAUCGACGUGGGCAUCCAACCCGAUACACGACUGUGGAAUGCCUUAAUGUCUGGAUACGUGACGAUAGGGGACCGAGAUGCUGCCUUUGCGGUUUGGAAGGAAAUGGAAAAGGCGGGGGCCAAGGCAGAUAUUUUCACAUAUACUUUGAUGUUGAAAGCCGGAGUAAAGCAAAGUGAAGGACAGCAAAAGGAACAACCUCAGGACGAUCGGCAUGCGGCCACAUCCGGACAUUCUCGGGAUGGACGGACACGCACGAGAGAACGGGUCACAAAACCAACUGAACGGCGUCAUAGUCGGUUACGUGCGUGGAUAAAUGUGGGUUUGGACGAGAAGACACAUCCAGUAGAGAAUAAAACCUCCAAUCUCGAUGAACAGCAGGAUGGAGCAGCGCAUCCAGAUACCCUACGACCUGAGGAUGAUACGUCGGACCAUGGUGUGCGAGUUACAUCUGAUAUCGGAAAGGAUCACGAAUCAGCCAUUAUGUCCGACAAUGAACUACUUGAUCUUGCUACCGAAGAAAUCGAAGACUCUGGCGCGGGGACACCUUCAGUAAAUGACAUUGAAAACACUGGAAGAGAGCUUUCAGCGAAGGUUCAACAAGCGGUAGGGUAAGAGGCAGAAGAUCACACACAAGCGACACUACGGGCUCGAUAUGUGAUGGAUAGGGUGGAUGGAACCAUGAACCUUAUUUAUGCACUGUUGAUAAUAUAAAAGUACCUCACUGGGGUCAAAUCGAACAAACUCUUGGAUCUUUUAUAGUGCUGAAAUUCAGUUUUAUCAUGCAUAAAUUCUUGUACUUUUAGC